AUGUCUGGAAUGGCCAUUUUUGAUACUAUGCAAGUUGUAGAAGCACAAGUACAUACAAUAUGCAUGGGAUUAGCCGCUUCAAUGGCAUCUCUUAUUUUGGCAGGAGGCGGAAUUACCAAACGUCUAGCAUUUCCUCACGCUUGGGUAAUGAUCCAUCAACCUCAUAGUGCCCCUUAUGAGGGACCAUCAGGAGAAUGUAUGCUGGAAGCAGAUGAAAUGGUGAUACUUCGAGAAACAAUAACAGCUAUUUAUUCGCAAAGAACACGCAAACCGGUAUGGCAGAUAUCUAAAGACCUGGAAAGGGAUCAUUUUAUGUCACCCGAAGAAGCCCAAGCCUACGGAAUUAUUGAUUCCGUAUCAGAUUCUUUGCCUACGGAAGCAAUUUUUGAUUCCGGAGCAGAUUCUUUUUUUUAA